GUGGUCGGUGCUCGUUCGCACCGGCAGCACGCGCGCGUCCCGGCCGCCCGUUCUCCGCCGGCCGCGAUGACACGUCGGACGCUUGUGUGGCAGGUCGUGGUCUUGUUUACACUUUUGGCGGCCGUCAAAAGGUCAACACCACACUUGUUGGCCACGCUCGUCUCCGAUCAGCACUUUCUCUUCGUCAACGGCACCGAUGACAUCCACGUGCGCCCCCACGACUUUACCCACGUGCUGGUGGCCCGGCUGCCGGUGCCGUACGAACUCGUGUCCGACGACGUCCGAGUUUCCGAAGCUCUUCUAGUGGGGGGAGCCGAGGUGAAGUUCGCGGCUUGGAUCGAGGCCGAGCAGUUGCAGCAGAUUUCUUCAGCCAACGGCACCAGCAAGCGGUGGCUCUUGGAAGACUUGGUGCGACUCGUCAAACCUAAGAAUGCGUUCGCCGACCUCACGCUCAUGCUCCGCCACUGGAUGCUGCAGCACCUGCCCUGGUUCAGGGCCAGGACAUCCUUGGUGGCCGUUCUCGCGUUUCGCCAACCUCAACAGGUGGUGCAGCCGCCGCAGAUUGUUGUUCAGUAUGAGAUGGAUGAGCGAUGCACCCUAAGUGGGAAGGAAGAAGCUGCGUUUUAUGGCUCGCCUCUCUGCAACGAUUGCGACGAUUUCGUUAUUUGCAGGUUCCGGCAAUUGCCCGAGUGCGAGGGAAGACCUCCUUGCAGUACCUCGUGCGACUUCGAGCGAUCCUGUUCGUGGCAGUGGAAGAACAACACCACCCCGCCAGGAUUCAACGUCGUCUCGGGCAAGCUGGUCAACAACUCGCUCCUCAGCGCGCCCGUGGGCAACUUCACGGGGCCCCUCAAAGAUUCCGCCAACAGUUCCGAAGGGCACUUCCUGUUCGUGCUGAUAACGGAAGCGCAUCCUGCAAGCCAACGAGAAGUGCACCUCAUGAGUCCAAAGUUCUUUGGAUCAGGCGACCAGUGCAAACUCGAGUUCGACGCCUCGAUGGCUCGAAUGUUGGGCGGCAACCUCAAAGUCGUGGUCGAGACGGUCAACCGCACUUCAUGGGUCGUUUCCGAAAAGCAGUGCGACGAUUUGAACUUGUGGAAGCAUUUUAGUAUCAACCUUGGCCGCAUCAGCCAGGAAUUUCACGUUCUUAUCGAAGUGACGCCAGGCAAGAAGACACCCGCAUACUUUGCAAUCGACAACCUGAAGUUUGUGGAUUGUUUUAGAACAUUUGGCGAGCGAAAAGAGUGCACGGGGAUGGAGUUCAGAUGCUCCAAUGAGGCGUGCAUUGAUCGAAGCCGCAUCUGUGACCUUGUCAAGGACUGCUUGGAGGGCGAGGACGAAGAAUUUGAAUGUGACAAGUUACCUGUAAACAGCCGUUGCAACUUUGAAAGCGGCUUGUGCGGAUGGCGGAACGUGGGCAACAAAGAGCUCAACUGGACCAGACACAGCGGCAAAACGCCGACCAAUUUGACUGGGCCAAGUGUCGACCACACGUACAACAACUCGUCAGGAAACUACCUUUUCGUGGACAUGUCCAAGGUAAAGCACCUGGGCGCAACAGCCAUCCUGGAGAGCGACGUUUUCCGCGCACCGCCCAAGUACCACUCCAACAUUCACUCUCCGUACUUCAACUCGUGUCAGAUCCGAUUCCACUUCCACAUGUACGGUCCGCACAGUGGCGCAUUAGCCUUGUUUUUGGUUGACGUGCAAAGUGGCCAAAGAAUCCACGAAGCAAGAUGGUAUUCGUACGGAGACCGCGGCGACAAGUGGGUGCGGGCCAUCUACAACCUCAGCCUCAACGUGGAGAAAAGAUAUGCGAUUCAGUUUGAAGCGAGGAGGGGCUACUCUUCAAAAGGUGAUAUUGCCAUUGACGACAUUUCAAUGAGCCCAGAAUGCUUCGGUCUAGGUGUUCCGCCAAACGAGACAGAAAACUACAAUUAUUGGGAUGAAAACUACUUGGAACCAACACAACCUACAACUGAGCAUGAAGACUUUUCAAACCAAACUUACUAUCAUUUUGGUUCAUGUGGCAGUUCAGGCCGCUUAGGCCCUUCUCCCGAGCAAUGUACACUCGCCUAUAAUGGCUCAAGCACCAACAUCACGGUGCUCACAGAACCUCCCCUAUCAGGAGUGCAGAAGUGGAUUGCACCUCACGAGGGAUUUUACACAAUAAUUGCCAAAGGAGCAAGUGGAGGACGUGGAAGCUCAGGCCAAGGGAUCAGCAGGGGUGCUGUCGUUCGGGCCGUUGUUGAGCUUCGAAAGGGAGAACCUUUGUACAUUUUAGUGGGCCAGCAAGGAAGCAGAGCAACUUGCAAAGAUGGCCGUCCCGCACACGGUGGAAGUUGUGCCCCACCACGGCUCCCAUCAAAAACCACAGGGAUAGCAAGAGAUGCGGUGAGAGAAGUCAGAAAUAUGACCGUCAUUGGGGGUGGUGGAGGAGGCGGAGGAGCUACAUAUAUUUUUACAAUUGGCCGGAAGAACAGGCAGAAAAUGCCUCUCAUUGUGGCCGGGGGCGGAGGUGGCAUUAGCCACGGUCAAGACCUGAUGACCGCCCAGCUGCAGCAUGGUCAGGGUUUUAACCUUUCUAUGGGUAACUCGAGCGGCAUGGAGUAUGGAUUGCAUCCUGCGGGAGCUGGAGGCGGGUGGCAAAGUCAUUCUGACAGCCACUCUGUGGUCAGGGGCGCUGCUUUCUUGGACGGUGCCUUUGGAGGCGACCCUUGCUCGAGUACAAUGCCUGUUGGCGCCGGAGGAUUUGGUGGCGGCGGAGGCGGAUGCACUGCUGGAGGCGGUGGAGGUGGAUUCGCAGGCGGAGAUACUUGGUCUGAUAGACGUCGCAGUGGAAGGGGCGGCAGCUCGAUGGUUCGUCAGGGUUUGCUCCUGGCCAGGGCUGGAAUUACGACUUCAGAUGGCGACGGGUCUGUCAUCAUAAUUCCUUCCCUGUCCAACGCGUGCCACUGCGACUACAGAUGCGUUGCCAUGGACGAGUUUCGCCACGAGACGAAAUGUCUCUGCCCCUCAAACUGGUUCUUGGGCAACGACAGCUUUUCUUGCUUUCCUAUGAACGAAGCUCAGAGCUAUCUUUCAACAAGCUACUUGGCAACUUUUCUCGUCGUGGCCUGCGGGAUAUUGCUGUUCGUUGGUGUAGGCUGCAUGAUCAUGUAUGCACGGUACCAGAAGAAAAAGACCGCCAUGAGAAGGAGGAAAUUGCUCAGCGGACCAGACUUCCAAUUAAACCGGCUUAGGGCAGCCUCGGGCGGCAUGAUGACCGAGUACAACCCGAAUUACGAGUUUGGUGGCGGCACCUACACCAUCCAGGAUCUCAAGGAAAUCCCUCGGGAACAUCUGCGACUGGUCACGCCUCUCGGUCAGGGAGCUUUUGGCGAGGUGUACAAAGGCUUCUACAAAACCAGAGCCAACGACGCAGUGGAAAUGCCUGUGGCCGUGAAAACUCUGCCGGAGCUGUCAACAAGUCAAUCGGAAAUGGAUUUCCUGAUGGAGGCUUUGAUCAUGAGCAAAUUCAAUCACCCCAAUAUCGUGCAUUUCAUCGGCGUCUGCUUCGACAGCCACCCUCGUUUCAUCAUUCUCGAACUGCUGGCGGGCGGCGACCUAAAAAAUUUCCUGCGGGAGUCGCGACCCAAACCGGAACGCCCCAGCAUACUAACCAUGAAAGACCUUUUAAUGUGCGCGAUUGACGUAGCAAAAGGUUGCAAGUACAUGGAGGACAACCACUUUAUCCACCGAGACAUUGCUUCCCGGAAUUGCUUGCUGACUUCCAAAGGCCCUGGUCGUGUUGUGAAAAUUGCAGAUUUCGGCAUGGCGCGUGAUAUUUACAGGGCUGAUUACUAUAGAAAAGGCGGCAAGGCGAUGCUGCCUGUGAAGUGGAUGCCUCCGGAAGCAUUCCUCGAUGGUAUUUUCACCUCGAAAACAGACGUUUGGUCUUUUGGGGUGCUGCUGUGGGAAGUGAUGUCCCUCGGAUACAUGCCAUACACAGGCCGAGGAAACCAGGAGGUCAUGCAGCUAGUGACUGAUGGUGGACGUCUCGAGCCACCCAACGGGUGCCCAGCCCCUGUUUAUGGUCUGAUGACCCAGUGCUGGCACCCCAUUCCUGACGACAGGCCUAAUUUCUCAACAAUCCUUGAAAGGAUUGGUUAUUGCAUACAGGACCCAGACGUGGUGAAUGCGCCACUGCCCGUGUUCCACAGACCACCGUCCACCGAAAGGGACACGACGGUGAUGCGACCACCUGCGCAUGACGCCACAUUACUUCACCUCCAGAAAGGACCUGGCGGUGAAUUCUUGUUGCCAUCGGACUCUGUUGAGAUGCACGCAUCUCCCUCUGGAGGCAGUGCCGAGCACUUACUUGGAUCAGGCGCCUAUGGCCUCACAAACAGCAACAGCUUCGAGACGAGCUUUUCGCGGGACGCGACAAACUACAGCGAGGACGAGGGCGAGAUGGACUACGAGGAGGCCAUCAAGUCAAGCAACCGCAGCCUGCUGUCGUCGCGGCACCACAUCCACAAUGAGCUGCCGCCCCUUUCGGCGGCGCCGCCGCCGCCCUCGUCGGACGCCGAGGUGCCCGUCGGAAUCCCGUCCAUGUCCAGCAGUCUGGACAGCCUGGACAACGCGCAGAACAACAACCUGUCGUCGUGCGGCUCGAUGCACGAGGCCGCCAUGGACCUGUACGUCAAGUCCAAACUGCCUCUGCAGGGUUCCCUGUCGCUGGACCCGUCGACGCUGUCGCGGACGCACAGCCACAUAGUAUUACCGCCGCCCAUCCAGUACGCCAACGUGUCCCCCAACAGCGGCGGCAGCAGCUCCGAGCAGCUGCAGGUCACCCCCGAGCACCGGAAACCUUACUCGGUGCAAACCACCCCCAAACCGAGAAGGCUGCUUAAGGAUAAUGAAAUCAGCUGCUAAUCCGGCUCGAAGAAGGUGACGAGACACGCGCGCGAGAGCGAGGUUGAUUUAAAAAUAUGAAUUUUCUUGUACUGUGAGUGCAGGCACUGAGACUGGUAUUGUAUACAUAUAUAUUUAAAAAGAGAGCAAAACAGUUAUUUAACUAUAUUAAGUAAGGGCUUACCUGAAUGAAUGGCUCACACGUGAACACACAAAAAACACACUAACAUAUACAAUCCCCCUAACAAAAAAAUAUUUAAUUUACAUUUGAACAGUUCAAAACAAAAUUAAUUCAAGCCAAAUAAACUUUAGGAAAGCUCGCGGAUUUUUUCAAUUGAUUUCUAAUUCAGUUCAGACACCAAUGAGAUGCCUGAAUCAAUAUACAGAAACAUGAUUUUGAUUUGUGCUUAACUUCUAAGAAAUUACCCGAGUUUGUAUAUUUACAAAGUUUUCUUGGUUAAUUACUUUCACAACUGAGAUUAUUAUUAUUUUAAUAACAGAUUCGCCAACUUUUUUAUGUUAAAUGCUAUUCAACGAGCCAAACCUCGUUGGAGCACAAUUUAUAACACAUUAUUUGAAACGGAUUUUGCAUUUUGUUUGUUUUGAAUAUUUACAAUGUUUUGCCAGAGAUGUAAUGGAAAAUGUACAGGGAAAGUUUGAUGGCUGCUAUGACUUGGAAAUUAUCACGAAUCACCACCGCCAGUACAUUUUCUAGUCACCCGCGACUUUGUAAAACUUUUAAGCUGUAUAAAAACGAGCAAGGCCACGGCUAGUUAUAUCAAUUGAAAACCACUCUAGUUGGAUGAAAACCAGUGCAACUAAUGAUCUCAUGUAUAACUUUAAUUUUAUUCCUCCCACCCGCAGUCAAGUGUGCAUCUCUAGUGAAUCAACAAUUGUCUCCACUGGUGCACAAACAAACAAAAAACCACCACACGAACAAACAUAAACAGACACACACGAUGAAUUGUAUUGAAAUAUGUGCGCAGAUCGAAGCCCCUUGCCGGACUACAAGGGGCUCCUCGCUCUGCCCCCUUAUCUGUGUUGCAUAAUAACUUUAAGUAACGGUGAUAUCGCACCUGUUGACAACACCUGAGGAGGGGCAAUAAAAUCUCAUCCAAAGAAAACGAAAAUACGAACGAGCAGCUCAAGCGACACAAAAUAUGAAAAAGUGCGUUUUGUCAACAAGUGCCAUAGCGCUAAGACGAUAAUAAUGCUAUUCUUUGGUGAAUGGUUUAGAGGUAGAUCGUAAAAAGCCACCGACCGACUCUAAAACGAACCGUUUUGUGGGUAAAAAUGUUGUAAACAAACUCAAAUUUUUAAAACUAUGUUUGCGGGGUAAUU